CAGCAGCCGUGUCAGGAGCCAAACCCGGGGUCCCGGCCCCUUGUGCCCGGAGCCGAGUCCUGGGUUCCCAGAGCCAAACCCCGGGUCCCGGCCCCUCGUGCCCGGAGCCGAGUCCCGGAGUACCGGAGCCCCGUGCGCAGCAGCAGGCGGAGCACCAUCCGGCCGCCCUCCACGGCCCCGUCCCCGCCUCGCCCUCACGCCCCCGGCCCCUCACGCCGGCCGCUCGCAGGGCCGUGUGGGAGCUGUAGUUCCGCGGUGACGCGGGCGCACCGCCGCCGCCCGCUCCGCCGCUCCGUGCGGGGCCAUGGCCGCCCGCUCCCUGCGCCGCCUCGGGGCCCUGCUGCCCGCGGCCGGCAAGGCCGGCACCGGCAGUUUGUAUUUCAGAGGGUGCCCCUGUGCUUUCAGCACUGCAGCUCAGCAGAGAAGUACAGGAGACGAGUGUGGCCCAGAGGACCCCAGUGAGGAGCCCAAGCACCCCCUCUCUGACUGUGCCUUGGAGCACAAAGCCAUCAAAUUGGAAGAGCAAGUCCGGGAUUUGACUGAGCGGUACCGGAGAGCUUUGGCAGAUUCCGAGAACGUCCGCAGGAGAACGCAGAAGUUUGUGGAAGAUGCCAAACUCUUUGGCAUCCAGAGUUUCUGCAGGGACCUGGUGGAGGUGGCAGACAUCCUGGAGAAGACAGCCGAGAGCGCCGCGGGCCACGCGCAGGAGCCCAGCGAUCCCAGCCCCACCCUGAAGAAGAUCUACGAGGGCCUCUCCCUCAUCGAGGCCAAGCUGCAGAGCGUCUUUGCCAAGCACGGCCUGCAGAAGAUGAACCCCGUGGGUGGCAGGUACGACCCCUACGAGCACGAGAUCAUCUGCCACGUGCCAGCCGAGGGCGUGCAGCCGGGCACGGUGGCGCUGGUCACGCAGGACGGCUACAAACUGCACGGCCGCACCAUCAGGCACGCUCUGGUCGGCGUGGCCGUGGAGGCACAGGAGUGACGUGGCUUCAGCUGCUCCGCCUGGGACCUGGCUGGGCUGGGGACAGUCACAGCUGCCUGUGUUUACUUAUUUAUUGAGCUGGGGUUGUGUGGUGGGGUGGCUUCGGGGGCGUCGCCGUUCGUUCUGAGGUACGCGUGUGUUUAAUGAUGCUCCUUGGAGCCCUGCAGUCCUGCUGUUUGUCAGAAAUUUGGGGCACUGUAGCCUCCUUCUCUGCUUGUUUCUCCAUGGUUUGUAUGGGGAAGAGGGGAGAUGUGGAGAGAAAGGGAAAUUCUCUUCUUGUCUCCCUGUUCCAUCGCUGAGGGAGACUCCUGCAGUGGCCUCCAGGAGAGGAACUUCUCUGCCUCACUUUCCACAGCUGUAUUAAGGGACUGUAAUAAUACUGACCUACCUCACAGGGAUGUGGUGAGGCUUUUCAAGUGCAAAGCACUGGGAAAAGUCCCGAGGGAUGAGUAUUAUUAUCACCUGGAUUUGAUGUCUUCCCUUGUCCCCACACCCCUCGGAUGGGGUGAAGAUGAUCCCUUGAAAUAACAUUUAGGGGCAGCUUUUUCUUACUUGCUUCAGGAAAACAAUCUGGAAUUCAUGGAAUCUCUGUUGUACUAGAGUUGAAUAGAGAUGAGGGUUUAAAAAGAAUUCAGUUGUUAGGUCAGACUAAUGUUAAUAUUCCUUCUCCAGGUAAAAUUCCAGCUUGACUCUUUCUUCCCAAAGGUAAAACAGGGAGCAGUGAUUUGUGGAGGAGCCAGAAAACUGUCCUCACAUCUCUUAAUCUCCAACCCAAAUGUAUGUUUUAGAGGAGAGUAAUUUCUCUUCCCUGGUGGGUAUUUGUGCAGCUUUCAAGCAUGAUAAACUAUGUGCUCUUUGUUGCAGCUGCUGGCAAAAUGGAGCUGUGCCCUUAAGCAGGAAAUCUGGACUGUUCUGUUUUCUCAGCUCUCUGGUAAAGAUCCUCAGAUUACACCAACUUCCAAUCCACAUUCUGAUUCUACUUUCAAUGAUCCUAGUAAAUAUGAAACCUUUUGGGUUUUGAUGCAAGGAGAAAAAUCUUCUCUGCUCCAAAGUCUCAAGUGCCCUUGAACCAAUUUUAGCAGCAGUGACAAGAAAGCAAGAGAAGCAGAAGGCUGAGGAAGUGAAAGCUGACCUCGAGCUGUCCUCCUGGUUGGAGGCAUGUUGUUGUCACAGCACAUAUGUAUUUCCCACUGGCCCUAUUGCCUGGGAGUUCAUUUAUCUCAGCUGAAAGGAUGCAGUCACUGAGGAGGAUCAGAAUUUAACCCUUUGCAGAGCAGCGAGCAGUCAAAUGACAAGAACAGUUAAGCCACAAAAUAAGGAAUGAUUGGUUUUCAGCUUGUUUCUUACUGAUUUAUUUAUUCAUUCUUUUUACUUUCUGGAAUUGGUUCCAUAACCUGACAAACCCACUUCCAAAAGUGCUUUAGUUAGAGUGGAUGCCAUCCCUAGUUUGGAAGAAAAUUUGUUCUUCUCCCAUUCAUUUGGAGGCUUCAGCUGAAAAACCCUUUUGUAGUGGACUUCAAGAUUGUCACAGCCUUUAAUGCUGCCAGUCUUUCACCUGGGGAGAGUGUGUGCAGUUAGUGGGUUGCCAUCCCAGAAAUUUAAGGAAUUUAAAUUUCUAACCUGCUCCAUGCAACCUUUUUUAGUGGCAGCUGUGGUGUGAGUCUGUAGUGGAUCCUUUUUGGAGUGUGGAUUUCUUCCUCUGUGAGGUAGGUUCUGAGGGAGGUACUGGAGAUUUCAGCCCUGAAACAGCACUUCUGGCAGCUGUAGCUCAUGGGCAAACCUCUUGUUCAGUGUCUUGUAUUAUUACCAUGUUUUUGGAAGUUUCAGAGAUAAACAGGACUUCCUGUCCAUUGUUGUGCUGAGCAGGUCACCAGGGUGUGCUGUUUCUCCAGAGAAGAAUAGGUAAAAUGAAAUGUGACCCUACAAAUCUGGCUGUUCUUCUCAAAAGUGAGGAACCCAUGUCCUCAGCUAGAGGGGUCUCUGCUGCCCCUUCAGCCCCUGCUGUAUCAGCUGAGUCUUGCAGUGUGAGGGGAGAGCUGGAAACCAACUUUGAAAGUGAAACUUUAGUUAUAAGGAACCAAACAGAAGCACAGGCAUUUUACACUACAGACAGUUUUCUGUCACAGAGAGGCUGCAGCUGGGUGUGCCCAGCAGUGAUGGGAUCCAAAUCCUCUUUAAACUCACCCAUGGAGCCACUGGACUGCAGAAAAAGUGUUACAGCCACUCAGUCCAGCUUGGGUUUGCCAGCUCUGCCUGUCUCCUCAGCCAGUGAUCACCCACUUCUGCCUUAAGGAAAUUCCCUAAAAUGCACUCCAGACCUUCUGUCUGUACUGAGAGAGGAUUUAUCAGUUUGUCUGUCUGGGCUCUGCUCUCACUGAGGCACUGCAGGGUGGCUGCAGCAGGACUCGGAGGGAUCCAGCUCCUCUGCAGGCUUUCCCACCCUCACAGAGGCCCUCUUUAAUUUGGGGUGAGUUCUUCUCCCAGUGAAACCUGCAAAACUUCUCCAGGAUCCUGUCAGGUUUUAUGAUUCCUGUGAAAUGGAGGCAAUGCUGAGAGACUUUCACAGAUGUUACCAAAGAGAUAAGUCCUGUAGCUAUUGUUUGUCCCAGUUUCUGCUUCCUUUGAAAGGUGAAGUGAAAAUGAAAUAACCAAACCUGGAUUCCAUCACAGAAUCCAGAUUUCCCAGGUAAAUUUGAUUCUCUUGCCUUUCAAGCACACUUAAUGAUGGUUUUUUUUUGUCCUGGAUGAGAUUGUGAAAGGGUGGGUUGAAUUUCUCCUUGGUUUUUGCUGCCUUUUCUGCCCUGUUUCUGUAACUCCUGCAGGGAGGGCACUGACCCACGAGCUGCUCCUCUGCAGUCACUUUAUCCAGUGACUGUUCAAUAAAACACAGGAAUACAUGAACAGGGCAGGAAUAGCAGAGGAGAGGAAGUGUCCUGUACCUUUUAGUCAUUUCCACACCUGGACAAGUCUCCAGUGGCACUGUCAUGAGCAUGGCGAGGUCUGAACUCUGACCAGGAGCAGUGCAGAAUGAAAUGGAUGUUGCUUUGUGAACCUGAACUUCCCAAUGCUUCAGCAGCAGAGCUUCUGUUGGAGGAGCUGUGAUCACUCAAUAGCUCCUAGCAGUACCUUAAUUAAAAAAAAAAAGUAUUUAAGUUUUAUAUUGUGAAUAUUGUAGUAUUUUUUUAUUUUAAAACUCGAGGUGUUUUGGUAUUAUUUGUAAAGUCGAACGAACAAAGCGUUGCUAAUGUCCAAAAAUCCAAGGCCAUUGAGGUGGGGGCAAAACGUGUAUAUAUUGUAAUUUUUGUGUGUUUCUGUGCUCUUUGUUUACCCAAAGGUUCUGGCUGUAUGAAAGACAGAGAUGUGUGAGAGCAGUGCAAGAAAUUGACAACAACAUUUGUGUUGAUGUUGGAAAGGUCUGAUUUCCUUUAGCUGUCCUGAUACUGUCCAUUUGCUAAUAAAACAGAAGAAUUGCAGUGA